AAUACCAAAGAUCGGUAAAGGCUGAAGGUUCGCUUACGAAGAGGCAAAAAUGGGAAAUGCUUUGCGAAGGGCGCGAAUGAUUUACACCACUCUGGUUCCCAUCGAGUGAAAUGCUAUUCGCGAAUACCUGCUGCCUACGGGGCCCUCGAUAACCCCCUCCCCGGAACCCACGUGCAUCGGCGCGUAGGCAGGAACGGCAGAGUUCCUCGUCGCCGCGACGCCGCUCGCCAGUUUCGACGGAGUCGUGCCGGCGUGUGUUUCUGUGGUUCGUUCGUUUGCCGUUUGAUAGGAAACGCGCGAAUCGGUGUCAAAUUAUUUUUCUAACAGUGUAGUUAAAUUGGAAAAAGUUUUUGUUUUAUUUUAUUUUAUUUUAUUUUUCGUUUCUUGUGAAGUUCGCGUGGUGCGUUUUGCGAAGAAAUCAUCCGUUUAGCAUGCAUUGAUUCGAGGAGUAUCUUAUAGUGAGAGGCUAUCGCGAUGCGUCUGUUCAAACGUCAGGCCUCUGAUACCAGUCCUCAGUUAGUUUCCGCCACGCCAAUAUCUCAGGAUGGAAAUGCUUCUCUGGCCGCCGUUGAUGAAAAUUCCGAACAUAUUAAAAAGAAGUUUUACAAUGAGAACGAUGGCGUGGGACAAGCGGCCGUCAAAGAAAAUGCUGGUGACUCUCAGAAACCGCCAUCUUCUCAGUCCUGCGUGACCAAUCGUAAAGGAAUUUCGACAUGGGGAAGGAAAGUAGGUCGAAGAUGGGAUCAGCUGAAGAGAUCGGAUAGUUCGGAGUUGCUUUCGGUUUCGGGCCGAAGAAGACGAUGGAGUCCGAAUCGGAAAAGUUGCGGCGACCCAACGGACGAGAACGAAAAGAGUGCCAGCGCAUCGCCAGAGUUACCAAAGCCAAAGAGAAUCUCCAGAGUCGAAUCGUUGCGAAACUUGUUCAGAAGCGCUGAAAAGAACAACAACUUCCUAAGCGGCGACAUAUCCACGAGAAACGUAACGAUCCAAGAGGAAGAUGUCAGCAUCAAUCAUUAUACAAUGGAGAAAACCCUGAGCGACGGCGCUAUAAAAAAUGUACCAUUUCGGGUCACCGUCGACGAUUGUCAACUAGGUCGCGGUUCUCUUCUGCACGAGAAGAAGAAACGGAUCAGUCGCAGCAUUCAGGACCUCCAGGAGCAACAACGCGUCCUUGAUUACAUUCUUAAGAACCAGGGUAUGUUAAAGACGCAAGAGGGAUCCGAAUUUGCCAGGGAAACGUUGGACAACGUUAGAAGAAGCACGAGUCCAAAACAACGAGCCAAUCGGUCCACAACCGACGGCACCAAAAACAGCGUGUCGACGCAGACGAAAGACUUUCUUAGCAGUCAGUUGAGUAAUAUUAAGAAGAACCUUUUCAGCACUCGUGCGAGUGCCAACGAAUGUGAUAGAACCGAUGCCCACAGAUCUUGCCCAGCAACAGGUUUAGAAGACCUGAUGAACGGCCUGCGAUUAGGCUGCGACGAGAGUGGUUACGAUUCCGAUAGCACACGAGCUGGAGCCGACUCUCCAGACAGCGAGAACUCCGUGCCAGCGAUGCUGAAACCUCGGAGUUUCUCCAUAACGUCCGACGAUUACCAUGGAAUCGAUUUGUCGCUACCAGUGAGCCCCCCGAAGAAGUCGGACGCGACGACGGUAGCCGAGGAAACCGAGGUGCAACCUUCCUGCGUCGACGAGACCCUCGUUAUGGAGAACAGCCUGUUAAACGAAUCCGUGAGCACGGUCACGACUGUCCUAAUAUCCGAUGGGGACGAGACCGACAGCUGCGACGAGGAUACCUUCGCAGGGUUCCCAGAGUUCCAUUGCGUCGCCGACUACGUGAAAUCUGACUUGAACACCUUGCCAAAGUGCAAUACAAUUGCUUCGAAAGGAUCCACGGUGGGACCUUCACCAAACUUAGGCGCGUCGAGGACAUUCAGUAGUUCCACGAACAAUAUACUCUCUAGGAUACCAGAGAAAAGGUCUAUCCCCAAACCGGACAGAAUAGUGCCGUUGUCGCAGGCGGUGAAGUUGCAGAAUCUCCAGAAGGAGACCAGGUCUCACAUACCGUUGAAAUCUCGGAAACACACCAACAUCUCCCCAAGCGGAGUGAAUUUAUUAGAGAAUGCCUCAUCCCCGUGCAAAGACAGUCCACCAGCGUUGAAGAUCAACUCGACGAUCACGAACAUCCCGCUGCAAUACUACAGUCCGAAGAGGUCGCGAUCCAAGUUGGAGCCGGAGGGUCCUGACACCGUGAACCCUAAGACCAAGAUCAAGAAAUCCACGCAGACGACGAAGAUAGGACAUCUACCGCCUCCCCCGACGCCAGUUAAGAGCUUGAUCCGCCGGGAGCUGAAGACGAUGAAGUUGUUCGUGGAGAAACUCGGAAAUCUCGGUAUUUCCGUGGAGAGGCGAGAGGCUGCCAGGCCUUUCUACGUGAUCUCAAAGAUGGACGCGAACGGAGAAGCGUGCAGGUCUAAGCAAUUUCGAAUUGGCGAUGAGAUUGUUCGCGUUUGCGGGCGCAGGUUGCGCGGAUUGUCGAUCGUGGAGGCCAGGAACGCUCUGAAGAGCUGUUUCGGAUCCGUCGAGUUGCAGAUAGCUAGAGAGCCGACGUUCACCUUCGGUGAGGAGCUUGGCGACACUUGGAGCGACACGUGGGGAGACAUAUUGGUCCGUACUCGAAGCGACUCCGCGGUAUGGACGUUGAAGGAGGAGAAGACGGAUGUUCCAGCUUCCGUUGACGCUGUCGAGCGACUGGCGGACCCGUCCAAAUGCGAAGUGGUCGGAGCGCUGACCAAGGACGGGAACUACGUGUCCGCUGAACGUAUGGAGAACGACAGCGAGUCCAAUACGAAAAAGGAGUCCGAUCAGAAGAUGACUGGCAUGAGGAAAUUCUACGUGGUGAGAAAACGCGACACGAAUCCGGUCUCGAAUCCACGAAGGGCGACUAGUCUCUCGAUGGAUCUGCUGACGAUUACUCUGGAAAAGGGCGCCUCGAAAAAGUGGGGCUUCUCGAUCGUUGGUGGAUCGGACAGCAACAAAGGAUCGAUGGGUAUCUUCGUGAAGGACAUCAUGGCUGGUGGUCAGGCAGCUGAGGAUGGCACUUUGAAAGUGGGAGAUGAAAUUCUGGCGAUCAAUGGAGUGUCGAUGAGCGGACUGACGCACGCCAAAGCUUUGCAGACGUUCAAGGCUGCCAAGGCUGGGAAAAUGAUCCUUCACGUGGGUCGGAGGGACCCGACGCAUAAACGGUUGUGCCAUAGGCGAUAGAAUUGUUGCUUGUAACUUUGGAUACAUCGUUCAAUCGAAGUCGUACGAUUGCUUGGACAAGUUAACAGAAAUCGGAGUCGAAUGAAAAGCAAGAAAAACCGGAUAAUCAAAUUUUCCAGUCAAUAUAAAGUUGCACUGCCUUCGUUCCGUUAUAACGCGCGAAUCGAAUGUUUAUUAGUCGCAGAGAUUAUUUUCUCAUAACCACGAGGAAGGGGAUGAUCUAUAUGUAUAUAUUUUCGUAUAUAAAUUUAAGUACGUUGUUUACGAUUCACGAUCGCUACUAUAAACUUUACAUAAUUAAUCAUCAGCAAUUGCAAUACCAGAAGGACUUAUUCUUUUUUCCAUCGUGAACUCGUUUUCUUCGCUAGGAUCAAUGAAACGUUCAUAGAAUUUUACUAGCAGUGUUUCGUAAUCAACAUGCACGUUACUUUCUGUAUAAUGAUGUCGUUCGAAUUGAC